AUGACCCCGAAGGAAACAGAGAGAUGGUCAAGAGCACUCCAGAGAUCAGCUCUAUGGACUUGGUCUGCCCUGCUGGCUCAGAAAAGCCAUUGUUCCUCUGAGGUUGUUAUAGUGCGAAUAGAACCUAGAAAUAUCAUGGCCUCUGGCAAGGAUGAAGUGCACUGGAACCUUACUGGUAAGAGAUACUUGUCUCACUACAUCAGAGUUCAUAAACCGAAAACUGAUGUACCUUGGGAACCGUCUCAUGGCACAGCGAGAGCCAUGGCGGGCCUGUGGCUCCUAGCGGCGUUUACAUUGGCCUCUGUGUAUCGCUCCAACCUCAAGGCCAUGCUUAUCAUUCCCAAAGUGAACCUUCCCUUUGACAGCCUGGAAGAGUUAGCCGAUUCUGGAAUAUCUGCUGGUGUCUUCGAAGGAACAACGAUUCAUCAUCAGAUUUUGGAAGCAGACAACAGUUCUAGUCUUGGUCGAAUAAAGAGGCAGCUUCGCUUAUAUUAUGUCUCCCAAGCGCCUGUCGCAAUAAGGGACAUAUAUGAUGGGAAGAUGGCUGCUGUCUCCUUCAGUCAGGGAUUGCUGUCAACCAUGCAUGCCGAUUUUUCACAGACUGGAGAAUGCAGAACCUAUAGAAUGUCGCGUGGGUUCCUGGGUCCUGCUAUCUUGAGUCUCGCAUUCCCUAAGGGUUCGCCACUCAAGGCCAAAUUUGAUCCCGUUAUCCUCAGUCUCCGGGAGUCGGGAAUCAUGAACAAACUGUUUUCGGACGUGCUCUUCAAUGCGACAGAGUGUGCCAAGCCAGUGAGUUCCUCUCUGGCCUCAUCCAACCAGCGGCCACUGGAAAUGAUGGACUUCUUCGGCGUGUUCUCGCUUUACGCUGUUGUUAAGAUCGUUGAUCGCAGUGCCGCCAGCCGGAGAGACUCCACGCUGUCGCCUUAA